GGUAAGCCUGCGCACACAGGAACAGGAAGUGACAUCGCUUCUCCAGAUGCUGAAUGUGUGUGUGUGUGUGUGUGUGUGUGUGUGUGUGUGUGUGUCAGUUUCAUGUGCCAAACUCAAGAGGAAGAAGAACUGGUUCGGGACGGCUGUCUAUGUGGAAGUGACGUCAGACGGAGAGAGCCGGAAAACUGCCAAAUCCCACUGUGUGUCCAGCCCUAAGUGGGAGGAGCGGCUGACGCUGAAUAUAGCUCCACACGCGCCGCUGGAGUUCCGGGUCUGGAGUCAUCACGCUCUGAAGGCGGAUGCGCUGCUGGGUCGAGCCGCACUGGACCUGAUUGGGACCCUCCGCAAACAUGAUGGCAAAUUGGAGAACGUGCGGGAGGUGCUGCCUCUGACUGCGGAGGGGAAACACGGCGUCGUGUCCACCGGAGAACUCACAGUGUUCCUGGACGGGCUCUCACUGGACCCGCAGCUCCUGCACAGCUCUAACACACCCACCGCCAGCAAAGUCCACCAGAAUGGAGACGCUCUUCACGAGGACGCAGACGACAGCUCUGCACGGCCUCAGCACAGGUCUGUGAAUGGCUCAGACGGGGCAGAGAAUGAAGCUCCACCCACCUCCUCUGCCAGCAGUGAGUGUAGACCCUCCCCCCUCCUCAAUGGAGACAGAGACUCCUCCCCUUCACACCAGAGCCCCAGUCCUAAGGCCACACCCUCAGCACAGGCCACGCCCUCAACACAGGCCACACCCCCAGAACAGCGGGCCUCCAGCAGUGCAGCUGGUGAGUCUCAAGUGUUCACUACAGAGAGUGCACUGACCAUCACAGAGCUGCUGGAGAAUCAAUGGGAGCGCAGGGUGGAUAACCGCGGCCGGAUCUAUUAUGUGGACCACAACACGCGCACCACCACCUGGCAGCGGCCCACCAUGGAGUCCGUGCGCAACUUCGAGCAGUGGCAGUCUCAGCGCAGCCAGCUGCAGGGGGCCAUGCACCAGUUCAACCAGAGAUACCUGCUCCAGAAUGAGGACCCGCUCCCCGAGGGCUGGGAGAUCCGCUACACCCGCGAGGGCGUCCGCUACUUCGUGGACCACAACACCCGCACCACCACCUUCAGCGACCCGCGCACCGGCAAAUCCGCUGUAGAAAAACGUGACAACUUUCCUGACUCUGCAGAGGAGUCGGGGCAUCUGGUGCACGGCCAGCCCUCUCUGCGCAGCCACAUUAACAGACUGACUGUAGUCUCCACCACAACUAGUGCUAACCCUCCUCUCUCUCUCUGUGUGCGUGUGUGUGUGUGUGUGUGUGUGUGUGUGUGUGUGUGUGUGUGUGCGUGCGUGUGUGUGUGUGUGUGUGUGUGUGUGUGUGUGUGUGUGUGCAGGAAUAUAGCUCCACACGCGCCGCUGGAGUUCCGGGUCUGGAGUCAUCACGCUCUGAAGGCGGAUGCGCUGCUGGGUCGAGCCGCACUGGACCUGAUUGGGACCCUCCGCAAACAUGAUGGCAAAUUGGAGAACGUGCGGGAGGUGCUGCCUCUGACUGCGGAGGGGAAACACGGCGUCGUGUCCACCGGAGAACUCACAGUGUUCCUGGACGGGCUCUCACUGGACCCGCAGCUCCUGCACAGCUCUAACACACCCACCGCCAGCAAAGUCCACCAGAAUGGAGACGCUCUUCACGAGGACGCAGACGACAGCUCUGCACGGCCUCAGCACAGGUCUGUGAAUGGCUCAGACGGGGCAGAGAAUGAAGCUCCACCCACCUCCUCUGCCAGCAGUGAGUGUAGACCCUCCCCCCUCCUCAAUGGAGACAGAGACUCCUCCCCUUCACACCAGAGCCCCAGUCCUAAGGCCACACCCUCAGCACAGGCCACGCCCUCAACACAGGCCACACCCCCAGAACAGGCCUCCAGCAGUGCAGCUGUGAACGGCGAGGCCAGUGAGUCGGCGUGUGUGGGUGAGAGCGCUGCGGCUGAUGCUCCCUGCAGCUCCUCUUCCUCUCCUGCAGGUGGAGCCGCGGCCGCACACACACUCUCUGCAGCGGACACACACACACCUGCUGCUCCCAGCACACCUGCACCUGACGGAGGAAAACCAGCACAGCAGCAGCCCACAGGCGGAGUGGAGCCACUGCCACCCGGCUGGGAGCAGAGGAAGGAUCCUCACGGCAGAACGUAUUACGUGGAUCACAACACGAGAACGACGACCUGGGAGAGACCGCAGCCGCUGCCACUGGGAUGGGAGCGCAGGGUGGAUAACCGCGGCCGGAUCUAUUAUGUGGACCACAACACGCGCACCACCACCUGGCAGCGGCCCACCAUGGAGUCCGUGCGCAACUUCGAGCAGUGGCAGUCUCAGCGCAGCCAGCUGCAGGGGGCCAUGCACCAGUUCAACCAGAGAUACCUGUACUCGGCCUCCAUGAUGUCUGCUGAGAAUGACCCUUUAGGGCCGCUGCCGCCCGGCUGGGAGCGCCGCGUGGACACCAACGACCGUGUCUACUUCGUCAAUCAUAACACGAAGACCACGCAGUGGGAAGAUCCGCGCACACAGGGGCUCCAGAAUGAGGACCCGCUCCCCGAGGGCUGGGAGAUCCGCUACACCCGCGAGGGCGUCCGCUACUUCGUGGACCACAACACCCGCACCACCACCUUCAGCGACCCGCGCACCGGCAAAUCCGCUGUCACUAAAGGUCCACAGAUUGCGUACGAGCGGAGCUUCAGAUGGAAACUGGCUCAUUUCCGUUAUCUGUGUCAGUCCAAUGCUCUCGCCAGCCAUGUGAAGAUCACGGUGUCCCGACAGACUCUGUUUGAGGACUCCUUCCAGCAGAUCAUGAACUUUAAGCCGUAUGACCUGCGGAGGCGUCUGUAUGUGAUCUUUAGAGGAGAGGAGGGACUGGACUACGGAGGCCUCGCACGCGAGUGGUUCUUCCUCCUCUCCCACGAGGUGUUGAACCCCAUGUACUGCCUCUUCGAGUACGCCGGCAAGAGCAACUACUGCCUGCAGAUCAACCCAGCAUCCACCAUCAACCCAGACCACCUGUCCUACUUCUGCUUCAUCGGCCGAUUUAUCGCCAUGGCACUCUUCCACGGUAAGUUCAUCGACACCGGCUUCUCUCUGCCGUUCUAUAAGCGGAUGCUGAGCAAGAAGCUGAUCCUGAAGGACCUGGAGUCCAUCGACCCCGAGUUCUACAACUCCCUGAUCUGGAUACGAGAUAAUAACAUCGAGGAGUGUGGGCUGGAGAUGUUCUUCUCGGUGGACAUGGAGAUUCUGGGGAAGAUCAGCUCACACGACCUGAAGGAGGACGGAGCCAACGUGCAGGUGACGGAGGAGAACAAGGAGGAGUACAUCGGGCUGAUGGCGGAGUGGCGUUUCUCUCGCGGUGUGGAGUCUCAGACUAAAGCCUUCCUGGACGGCUUUAAUGAGGUGGUGCCGCUGCAGUGGCUGCAGUACUUCGAUGAGAAGGAGCUGGAGGUGAUGCUGUGCGGGAUGCAGGAGGUGGAUCUGCAGGACUGGCAGAGGAACACUGUGUAUCGCCACUACACACGCAACAGCAAGCAGAUCAUCUGGUUCUGGCAGCUUGUGAAGGAGGUGGACAAUGAGGUGCGUCUGCGCUUAAUGCAGUUUGUGACGGGCACCUGCAGACUCCCACUGGGCGGCUUCGCAGAGCUCAUGGGCAGUAACGGGCCGCAGAAGUUCUGCAUAGAGAAGGUGGGCAAGGACACCUGGCUGCCCCGCAGUCACACCUGCUUCAACCGUCUGGAUCUGCCGCCGUAUAAGAGCUUCGAGCAGCUGAAGGAGAAGCUGCUGUUCGCCAUCGAGGAGACGGAGGGCUUCGGGCAGGAGUGACCCCUGACCCCGGCGCAUGGGCCGAGUGCAACACAAGCGUGACCCGCACAGAGGAUCAGCGAUGUACAUAAGCUCCUGUCAUUUUAAACCAAAUGUUUCUCUGGGCGGGCGGCGGCGGGGGGGCGGGCGCUCUGUCACGGACUCCUCAUGAAUAUGCAAGCGUCUCCACUUCUCUGAUCUCUCCUCUGGCUCCGCCUCCAGCUGCUUCAUUCAUCCGCCGGUUUUUAAGAUGAGGCAUAGAGCAGUUACAGUAGAGUCAGCGACAGCUCUAGUUUUAUAGAGCUGCUGACCAGUAUAGAGUCUGCUGUCGGACACACACUUCUGCUAGACGAGCGCUUGCAUGGCUGCCUGCAGAGCCAGAACACACACACACACACACACAACUGCAGAGAAAGAGAACACACACACACACACACACACAGGUCGUUGUACCACAUAUCUCUGCAGUGUUGCCAUGGUGACCCAGUCCUCCAGUAGGGGCGCUGCAGUGUUGCCGUGGUGACCCCGCAGGGGCGCUGCUCCUGCACUUCAUCAUUUCUGUGGCCUUUGACCGUCAGCGGAGGGAAACUGUCCAUCAUCAUCAUCAUCAUCAUCAUCAUCUUUCAUAUUAAACAUGAGUUUAAAUCA